GCCCCUGUGCACUCUGGACUCGGAAGCUCUCGGAACCCUCGGCUGGACGCACAAUACACAAAGGGUCGCCUCAAUCCUGUUCUAGUACUUUUGGCUAAAAUGGGUCGUAGAUCCGUGAAUACCACGAAGAGUGGGAAGUUCAUGAAUCCCACUGAUCAGGCCAGAAAGGAAGCACGUAAAAGAGAGCUCAAGAAAAAUAAAAAACAGCGUAUGGCUGUUAGGCAUGCCGUUCUAAAGGCAAAGGAUCCAUUGCAGCUUUUGGAGGAGACUGCUCUCUACGAUAAACAAGAAUAUGAUCCCAGCGUUCAGGCCCAAUUAAACGAACGGGUUAUCCAGGAAAAAAGACGAAAGCUGCUCGAAACGUUUGACCGUCUGGUGCUAUUAUAUCGCAAGGAAGACGCCGAGUAUGCAAACCGCCUGCAGGCGGCUCGCCACGAUUAUGAUAAAAAACGUCAUGAGAUGAUGCUAUUUUAUGAACAGGUCAAGCUUGCUGAACGAGUGAAAACCAGCGACAUUCCGCUACCCAAAUUGCCUCAGUCUCAAAUGGGACUUAUCGCUUCUGAUAUACCAUUGCCAGCUGGAAGCUACGCAAAGAGCAUUUUAAAGAAACCUUUGGGGGCUCCUGGACUCCCUCGUGCCGCUCUUCCUCCCGGCCGGAAACCACCUGGCCCUCCGCCAGGCAUCCCACCAGAGCUUUCAGACAGUGAAGGGGAAGAACCGUCCUCAGAAUCCUCUCGGCAACGCCGUAUUCGCUUCGCGGACGCAGACAAUUCCUCGCAGCAGCUAAAUGCAGAUGAUGUCUCCGGUGGUCAAUCGGCGUUCUUGGACAACGCCGUUGAGAUAUCCUCCGGAUUUUCAUCACUUGGUCCGCAAUUGUCUCAAAUCCCUCUUCCCCCUCCGACGGCGUUGCCUUCUUUCACUGGUCUCAUCCGUCCCGGAUUCCCGGGUGCUCCACAACCCAAUCAACUGCGAUUUGCUAUGCAAUCUGCUGGCAGCGCUGUUCUAUCCGCUCCUCCAAGUUUGCUCCCACGAGACCCUCUGGACAAUGCGGACCUGGUCAGUGGUGCCGCCGUGCCGACUGGUCAACCAAGCCAACCGGUUGCCAGUUUGACUGGGACUACAAUCGAAGCAAAACCGCGGUUAAAAAAUCUGAUUGGCGACGCAACACGCUUCGUUCCAACUGCACUUAAAGUGCGCCGGACUACACGGGAUCCUACCGGUCGACUCGUGACAACUGGUGGGGGAGUUUCUUCUGCUGCAAAAUCCACCGGCGCAGCAUACGAUCGGGCCAGUCGAGCCGAUGGCGCGGCAUCAGCCACAAGCAAAGACGAUGCGUACGAGGAAUUCAUGCGGGAAAUGGAGGGCCUUUUAUGA